AUGACAGACAGAAAGUCCUCCUCAGGUGCUGCCACAGGGGUGAUAUGUGAUGCACAAGAUUUGGAGCCAGAACGGGAGAAGUGUGUGACAGGGGACUCAAAGAGAAAGUGGGUGAUCCCAUCUCUCCAGGAGCUGGAGGAGGUUUUACAUUCAGCUCCACGCUCCUGUCGACAUGGAGACGAGGUGUGGCCGAACCUUGUUCUGGGAGACAUGUUUAUGUCUCAUGACAAGUUUGGGCUCUACCAGCUGGGCAUCACUCAUGUGCUGAAUGCCUCACAUGGUAAACUCUGCUGUAAGGGUAGUGAUGAUUUCUAUGGAACAACAGUGAAAUACUACGGCGUCCCUGCCAACGACCUCCCAACAUUUGACCUCUCACCAUAUUUCUACCCUGCUGCUGAGUUUAUUCACCAGGCUUUGACAUCAGGAGGGAGAGUCUUUGUGCACUGUGCUGUGGGUGUGAGUCGUUCAGCUGCAUUGGUCCUAGCCUACCUGAUGAUUCAUCAUCACCUCAGUCUGUUGUCCUCUAUACAUUGUGUGCAGCAGAAGCGCUGGAUUUUCCCUAACAGAGGCUUCUUGCGACAGCUUAUAGGCCUGGACCAAAAGCUGCAGGAUGAUGCUUUAAAUGAUGGUAUCAGAGCGAGCUCCUGAAUUCUCCCCCUGGGUUUUUAGCAUCAGUGAACAGACCAAUCAAUGCUACAGCAUU